AUGAGCGACGAUGCUCUCCGAACGUGGGCUGAAGGUUAUCUCGCCUCGGGCGGUGGAGCGACGGCUAUGCUCAAACUCGCCAAGCGUCGCUCCAAUGCCCUUCUCGCCAUAAGUAUUAUCAUAGGGAUCAAUGCCGCAGUCUUCGUCACGUGGCAAUUCACAUUAUCGACAAACAAUCAGGUACUCUCCACAAUUAUGCAGUCACAAUUUAUGACAUCCAACUUGCACAUGGCACACAAUUGCUACUUCAGCCUGGUCGGAGCUGCUUUCUCACAUACCAGCCCGGUUCACUUUUUCUUUAAUGUGGUGAACCUGUGGUCUUUGGGCUCAUUUCUGGUCACGAUACCUGGGAUCGGAGCAGCUCACGUCAUUGGCAUUACACUCUCUUCUGCUAUCAUCGGCAACCUUUGCCAACUACAGAGGAAUCCUCCUGGAGACAGGAUACUACUCGGCGCCAGUGGGGUCGUAAUGGGCAUUGCGGCCGUCGCGACUUGUUGUGCGCCGUCUGCCCCAAUGCGCCUUUUCCUCAUCCCUGUGAACUUUCCUCUGUGGGUGUUCACGGUCGGCUAUGCGUUGGUCGACUCUUAUUAUAUCAAUUCGCCAACAGCCACUACCGGACAUGCCGCACACAUCGGAGGCGGACUGGCCGGUGUAGCAUAUUACUGGAUUUUUCUCCGCAGAUAUGGUGCUCAGCAGCUGGCACGUAAAUUCUUGCGAAGCCAACAUAAGUGA